CCGGGACUCCGUAGAGAAGCUGGUGGUUUGUUGACAUUUUUCUCCAUCAGCUGAGUGGCCAGAAGUUAGCCGUCGAGUUUCCGAGCAGCUCAGAACAAAUCAACACCUCAGCUUUAUUUUUACCCGCUGACGCUGUCAUUCAGCUGUCACAAACCACAAACGCUUCAUUCAUGUUUUACAUAACCAGCGGUGCUACACAGAAAACCAAGGGUUACUGCGACCGUUAGCUACAUAUAGCUAGUGUUCGGCUGCAGCUAGCCUGGCUACGGAAAAGGCUAGCGACGUUAGCCGAUGUGAAACGAAGACAUGGAGGGGAUACUUUACAAAUGGACGAACUACAUGACAGGAUGGCAGCCUCGCUGGUUCGUCUUAGAGAACGGAGUCAUCUCUUAUUACGACAGCGAGGACGAUGUUGGCAAAGGAAGCAAAGGAUCCAUCAAGAUGUCCGUAUGUGACAUUAAAGUUCAUCCGACAGAUACGACCCGUCUAGAGUUGAUAAUCCCUGGUGAACAGCAUUUCUACGUACGAGCUGUGAACGCUGCAGAGAGGCAGAGGUGGCUCGUGGCUUUGGGGUCAUCCAAAGCUGGGACACUGGACAGUAACAAACACAAAGGUCCAGACUGUCUGAAGACAAAAAUGUCUGAACUCCGCCUGUACUGUGACCUCCUCGUCCAGCAGGUCCAAACAAUCCAAUCACAGUACAGCGCUGACUCAGAGACCGCGCCGACUUCUGAGGCCUCGCUCCUCAGUGCCACAUGUGCCACUUUCAUCAGGACUCUGGAGGAGUGUAUGACCUUGGCCAAUCACAGUUUGACUCCUGACCUCCGACCUCCUGAAAGGAUGAAGCGGUCAAUCAGUCACCCUGGAACAUACAGCUUUGACAGGUCAGGUGUACUGAAGGAGUACGUGAGUGGAGGUCAAAGGUCAACUCAGCGGAGAAACCGUACCAACUCUGACAGCUCGGUUUAUGAUACUGAACGUUUGCUGCCUGCUCUCAACGGUGACUCGUCCUCCAUUCCCGAGGAGAGGGCAGGCAGUGUGAGCCCAAAGACCACGCCCACUGACACAGACACUGACCUUUCCAUCUGAAGACCCCAAGAUGCCCAUCCAAACCCUGAUAAACUCUAGAAGAUGUCACAAACGCCACCAGAUCAUUAUUUGCUGAGAUACUGACACCAUUACACCAAGGAUGAACAUUUUCGUUGUAGGAACGUCCUUCACAAGCUGUUUCUCAGCUAAUUGCCAAACAAAAGCACUUUGGAUUCAUUAGCUUUCAUUUCAUGAAGUCUUUCAGUUGCACAGUAUACACUAGACUGACGGAAAUUCAGUCCCAAGCUGAAGUUCGAGAAAUUGAGAGUAUGAAUUAUAUGAAGCUUUAACCUGAUGAGGUGAGAGGACUCCACACUGUUAACCUUUCAGAUUUAACCAUGGAUACUUUUGUAGUCAUGUAGUUGUACUUGAAGUCCACAUCCUGGAUUCAAGGAAAAUUGUAAGUAUCCCCAGUCGAUCCAGCGAAUUUCCUCAGCUGGAACCAGAUGAUUGUAUCAGGCAGCUCCAUGACGCAGUGUGGACACGAUGAACUAUGAAUUCCUGGUUUCUGGAACAAUUAGAUGCCAGGGCUGCUUUAAUCAGAAUGUACUGAAGGUUUGUUGUGUUCUGAGGUUUGUUUGUGCAUCCAAAAACUGACCGCAGAGCCAAAAGUUUUGUUCAGUGGCACUUAGACAGGAUGUUGAAAUCCAGCAACUGUGACGCAAAAGCAUCUAUUUUUCUGGCUUUUCCUAAAGAGCCCCAAAUUACUUCUUUCCUCCCGUCUUCUGUGUUCUUCUUCCAGGCCUCCAGCUGAGCUCAUUGCCGAAAGCAAAGGCAAAAAAAAAAAAACGUUCUCCAUCACUCUCCGUCCCUGCUUUAACGAGUCUGCUUGUGUCUUCAGAUGUUUGCCAAAACAUAAUCACCUGCAUUAAAGCUGCCACCUUUCUUUUUCCAGGCGGUCAUGCUCAGCCUGGACCGUGUUACGCUCUUUGCAGCUUGUCCUCGUUUUGAGCCGAGUUUCACCUAAACUCUUAAGACAAGUGAACAGAAAUACUAAAUUUCAGAUAAUCUAGCUGGGAAUGUGAGCAAAUCUUUGAAUUUCUUAAUUAUUUCCUUGAAGAUGUGACCCUGACACCACUCAUUUUAGGGUGAAUAUGAAAACUGAGCUUUUUAGCAAUCGGUCACUGACAUGACUGAAGCAUUAAUGCUAGCUCAGAUCAUAUUAUAUUUGUGUGUGUGGUCACUGUGUCAGAUUAGGAGAUGUUUUAGAAGAUGGAUUCAGUUUUGGGAUUUAAUUGAGGCGGAAGUGCCUUCAAGCUGCAUUCCUUUUGAUUGCCAGCAGGGGGCGACUCUUUGUGCUGCCUAGUCUUUGUGGAACUGUGAAGGUCGUUUUGUAAUUUACUAAAGUCAGAAAGGAGAAUCAUCCAGGUGCACUCGUAGACUUAUGACUUUUCAGUUAUUUGUCCUCUGUUUCUUGGUCACAUUCAUCACUUGUUCAUCAAAAUUCUCUUCAAAACAACCGAAUGGUGGCGGAUAAAAACUUUGCCUUUUGAGAAUGAGAGUCACCACAGAUGCCACAUCCCAGUCAGUCACACUUGUUAUCCAGCCUUUUCAAAUGAGAGAACCAAAGUGUUGUGUAUAAACUGACAUAUAGUCUGUUUUACAGUCCUGCGUUUCCAACACUGGCAACAUCGUUUCUCUUUUGUUUUUGUCAUUUUCAGCUUCACGGAAAACUGGAGAAGGUUCCGGAAACUGAAGCGUAAAAAUCAAAAACCUUAUCUGAACCUUACUGUGAUCUGAUCUCCUCUUUAAGGUCAUUUUCAGCAUGUCUUUUUCUUUCCUCCAUUCUGACCACUCUCACUGUGUGACUUCACCAUGGACCUCACAUUAGUGCAAAGAACGAACAUCAACUUUUACUUUAAACUGAUCCAGAGUUUGUGGAUGAUCAUCGUUGGUGAUGAGAGCUGAAUCUUUAGCUAUGACCAAGCAGUUUCCAGUCAAAGACCAGAGUUUCCAAGUCCAAAGGCAGCACAUCAGGUUGAGGAAACUUAGAAGAACGCUCUGCAUUUUUUUUCAACAUUUAUCUGGUUGUGCAUCAUGGAUUCGUUCCCCAGCACAAGGCUGUGGAUACAGAGUUCUGCUGUAACAUCCUGAGGUGUCUGAGGGAGGAGAUUCAGAUGCAACGAUCUGAACUGUGGGGAUUUUCAGCCACAGACAUUCAGGCUUCGCUCACCACCUGUCUAACUCCCCAGAUUUGCCUCCCUGUGACUGUGUUCACUUCCUGAAAGUAUAAAAUCAUGAGAAGUAUAACUGUUCAGACACACGAGAGGCGAUCAAGCGGCGUCGCAGAGGAGCGAGUGCAAGGAGACAGCAGCAGUCAUCUAAAAACUGCAGCCACACUGGUGAUCAAACGUUUACAGUGUUUGAUUUUCACAUGUUGAUUCCCAAAACCUUAUCAAACUUUAAAAAUAUGUAAAGCUUAACGUUUCAGACGAUGAUGUAUUGUUUGCAAAGUGUUGUCUUUGUAAAUUUCUUUCUGAGGAGCUGCAAGGAGGAAAAAACGUGUUUGUGCCAUUUGAAAAACUGCCUUCAGAUAGUAUCCACAGCAGGAUAAACAGUGUUCACCACCAGAAAAUAAAAAAAAACACAAGAUAUAUCAUUUUCUGUGGCUCAGACACUCUAAAGGUCAAAGUGACACAUUGAGUGGAAGAAGACAUUUAGAUUUGUGUGCGUGUGUGAGAGACGAGGAAGGCUGUCCCAAAUCUUCACACAUCACCUUUGAAGUCUGCACAGUGUCGUGUCACGCCACGCUUGCGUUGUUGUUCAAACACAGAAAAAGUAGUCAUGUGAAAACAAAGCAAACACAGUGAUGCUCACCAACGUUCCCGGCAGAAUACUGAACUGAAAAAACCCCCCAAAUAUUUGAUGCCGUAGUGCGUUUGUGUUUACCUUAACGUCACUCGUGCCAAUUUAGAUGGACCACGUCUGUUGUAUCCUAAGCUUUGUGAAUUUUGUGGGUGUUUUGAAACAGACAGUUUUCCUAGUAACUUUACAGUACUUUCCCUUAACAUCCAUUUUUCUUUCAUGUGGUGACUUUUGCACUCCAGUCUUUUUUUAAAAAAAUAUUUGAGAACUAAAUAAGUGGAUUAUAGUGACAAUGGUACUGCGUGUUGGAAACAGUGAUGGCUGUGAAACUUUGAAAGCUGCAGCCUUAAAUAUAUGAAAACUUCUUGAAACUUUUCUUCUGUGUAUUAUUCUACUCGAAUGUCUGUUCACUCUCUGUGAUGAAGACCCAGAGGUGCAUUUCCUGUGUAUAAUCAGAGCUGCACACAGUUUAAACUUUGGAUGUUAGCUUCAUGUCCUGUCACUGACCUGUGAUGUUACUCUCAUCUGCAGAGAGCUAGUAGAUCUGUAUUUGAUCAUUGUGUGGGCCCAUAUAAAAUAAAGUCUACAUUUUGCCAAAUUUUCAGACUUGAUAGCACGACAACAACGCUUAAUGAGCUUUUGCUUCUCUGACUACUGACGUGGUCCACCGGCUGGUUCGGGACAUAUUUGGGCCUCAUAUAUGAUCCAUUUUCUGUCCAAUAACACAGAUGAUAGAUUAAAUCGAUCAAAAACUGGACUUUUUUUUAUUUUUUUAUUAUUGAAUCACUUAUUAAUACAGUGAAUUUUUAAAAAAGUUUUAGAUUUACCUUUACCUAUGGUCGUGAGCUUCAGUUAAUGACCGACAGAAUACAGUUGACACCGCUUCUCUGAAUUGAAAGAGCCAGCUGACAUAGUUCGGACUUCCAGGGGCAGAUCCAGCACACUCAGGAGAGAUUGUGGCUCUCGGCUGGUUUGGGAAUUUCUCAAAGAGCAGGAGGUGGGAGCAUCCAUGCCCCUGUGCCCAGAGAAGCCGUAGACCAUGCAUAAACAAUGAGCUGAUGAAUGCAGGGGAGAGAACUCAUCAGAAUAUAUUUGCUGAGCUAUGUAAGGAGAAUAUUACAAACUCUAGAUAUAUGAAUUUUAAAAUAAAUAUAAAGAUGUUUUUCUUGCUGUUCUUUUGCAUCCAGAUAUUGAGAUCCCGCCCAUAUCUUAAUGAGUCAUCUUUGCAAGUACGGGGAGGCUGACUGUGUUACGUGUAAGCCACCCUUUCCACAUUUCCAUGCUAAGCAAACUGUUUAGCUGUAGAUUCAUGUGUUCAGGAUUCUUUGGAACCCCCCCCCCCCCC